AUGCUUGGAUCUCUAACUAAUGGUGUAAAGUCUGCAAUAGGAUCAAUUGGUGGAUUAACAAAUAUGAAUGUUGGAAUAGAAAUACCUGAUAGACCAAAGUUUAUCAAAAAGGAGGAUGAAGGUGAUUCAGAAUCAUCUAGUGGUGGUAAUAGUGAAAAAGAUAAUGAUGAGAAUGAUGGUGAAGAUUCUGGAGCACAUAAAAAUAAACGUGGUAUUCCAGCACAAGAUGAUGAAUUCAUGGUGCUUAAAAAAAUUGAUAGAAAGGCAUUAAAAUUACCAAGUAUUGUAGUAAUCAGUAGUCAAAGCUCUGGCAAAAGUUCUGUAUUAGAAGCAAUUGUUGCACCAGAGUCUGAAUGUGUUUCCAACAAACCAAUUGAACUUCAUAUCUAUUCACCCAAUGUUCCUGACUUGACUUUAAUAGAUUGCCCUCUUUUUCAAAAAGAAGCAACUUCAAAUCAACACAAUGAUUGGAAGUAA